CGAAUCAUGUCGGAUGAAUCAGUAGGUUCCAUGGUGCAGGUACUUCAGUCUGUCCUGUCCAUAUCCAAACGUUAGAUCGUACAUAUUGCCUUCCUCUCCUCUGUAUCCGCUCUCCUUGCCAUUAUCCUCUUUUCUUUAUCUCUCCUUUCGCGUCCACUAGGCCACCCAUCUCUUCAAAAUGGUACACACCAAGAAAUCCCAAUAUAACCCCUACAACUUCCUCGUCUGCUUCCUCGUGUCGCUGGGCCAAAUCGCCUUUGGACAUCCCGCAUCCAUAAUCAGCAUGACACUCGGCGAGCCUCCCUUCUUACUCUACAUGGGCCUGAUCGACGCGGAAGGCAACGAAACCAGCAACGCGGAGGCGCUGAUUGGAACCUUUAGCGGGAUUUUCCAGGCUGGAGCAGUCCUAGGCAUCCUCUCCUCAAGCUACAUAAUGGACCGCUGGGGCCGCAAAGCCGGCUUCCGCUACUGUGCCUUCUUCUCGCUGCUCGGCGGGGCCCUCCUCUGUGGCGCGCUGAACAUCACCACCUUCAUCGUUGGCCGCUUCAUCGCCGGAUGGGGAAGUUGGGGUUUCCUGGCCGUAACGCCUACUUACUCCGCUGAACUCGCACCUCCGAGCCUCCGCGGCUUCUUCGUCGGCCUCAACGGCAUCAACAUCGCGCUUGGCUACGCGGUUGCCACGUACAUGGGCAUGGCGUUCUACUUCGCCGAGUCUGAUUCCGCGAAAUGGCGCGGUCCGCUUGGUAUCGCGUUGAUCUGGCCUGCGCUCAUGGUUCUCAUCACCUUUAUUGUGCCGGAGUCUCCGCGGUAUCUGCUGAUGAAAGGGAAAGUCGAGGAGGCGAGAGAGAUAACGUAUAGGCUUCACAGCCUGAAGCACGACCCGGAACAGGAGUUUGCGCGGGGUGAGUUCUACCAGAUGCAGAAGCAGACGGAGAGAGAUCGUACGCUGGACCCCGGGUGGUGGGCCAUGUUUACGAAGAAGGGAUAUCGGAGGCGCACGGCACUCGCUAUGGGUUUCGCGUUCGUCGGGCAAUCGACCGGCGUUCUCGUGAUCAACAACUAUGGUCCGACGUUGUAUGCGACCUUGGGGUACGAUACCAAGCAGCAACUCGAAUUCCAAUGCGGCUGGAUCACCGUGGGCAUAAUUUUCAACGCCGUUGGCGCGCUAGUUAUGGACCGCGUGGGCCGAAAACCGCUCAUGCUACUCGGUGUGGGCGGCUGUUGCGUAUGCCUUAUCCUUGAAGCAGCCAUUGUGGCCAAUUUUGCCGAACAGGCUACGAACAAAGCUGCUUUGGCCGCUGGAGUUGCGAUGUUCUAUCUCUUCCUCGCCGUCUAUAGCAUGGGCGUCGACGUCGCCGGCGUUGUUUUCUAUAGCGAACUCUUCCCCAACCACAUCCGGGCGAAGGGCGUCUGCCUCAGCAUGGCUACCGUCGCGCUCACCGACCUCGUGUACCUGCAAGCCACAACCACCGCAUUCGCCAACAUCGGGUGGCACUUUUACCUGGUUUUUAUUAUAGUGUCCGGGCUCGGUUGCAUCGCUGCUUAUUUCCUUCUCCCCGAAACCAAGGGGAUCCCACUCGAGGAGAUGGCCAGGAUCUUUGGUGAUACCGAGGAUGUCGUAGUGUGGAGUGAAGAUUUGCACGUUGACCAUAAUACGCAUGAGCUUGUUGUGGCGGGGAGAGGAGAGAAGGUGGGCUUGGAGCAUGUGGCUACGCAUCAGGGAAUGACGCCGGAGAUUGAGAAGGAGAUUGCUGAGCAUCGGGAGAGGGUUACCGGGGCGUAG